CUGCUGUGUUGAUGAAAGUGGACUCCCCAGUCCCGCUUAGCGAUAUUUAUUUUCCAGGGGCUGCCAAGCACCAUCUUCAAGUCUCCAUUUCAAGCUUCCUGCACGUCGUCACGCUGCGUCAGACAAACCCAGUCAGUCACCUGCAACAAUGGCACACCCGCUCCCGCGACUCUUUUCACGGCGCUUCUGCCAAUCUUAUACUCUCCCUCGAUCCCUAAAUUCUAAAUCUCGAAACUCCUUCAGAACCUCAAUUCGCAAUUCACCAUCGCCAGUCUCGAGACGAGGAUACGCCUCUGGCAACCCGAAUUCGAGCCCACUGAAAGUCUGGCCUUUCGUUGGUAUUGUGCUUGCGGGAUCUGGAGCCUAUGCUUUGAUGGUAAAAAGUCGAGUCGGUACGUAAUGGCAAGAGGCCGUAUAUCCUCUCAAUGGCAAGGAGCAGGCAGUUGCAUCUCACAUCUGUGAAGCUGCUUGCUUCAUUUUGAGAGCCGCUUUAAGAGCCGGGAUCAUGAGGCAACGAGCUUUCCAGGAGCUUCACAUCUCUUUUCCGAGAUACACUCUACCUAUCAAUACUCUCGCUGACAUUCCAAACCAUAUGCAGAAAUGCCUCCAACCACUGAACAAAUCGCCGGCCCUAAGAAAGACACACCCACCUUCUCCCCCUCCUCCGUAACAGUCCUUUUCGUGCUCGGCGGACCCGGUGCAGGAAAGGGCACGCAAUGCGCGAACCUAGUCCGCGACUACAAAUUUACGCAUCUCUCCGCCGGUGAUCUCCUCCGCGCAGAGCAAGACCGUGAAGGAUCCGAGUUCGGCGACCUCAUCAAGAGCUACAUCAAGGAUGGCAAGAUCGUGCCCAUGGAAGUGACGGUCCAGCUCCUGGAGAACGCCAUGACGGAGGUUGUCGAGAAGGAUAAGGAUCACAAGGGGAAGUUCCUGAUUGAUGGGUUCCCGCGGAAGAUGGAUCAGGCUCUGAAAUUUGAGGAGACGGUCUGCCCAAGCAAGUUUGUCUUGUUCUUUGAUUGCCCUGAGGAGGAGAUGCAAAGACGGCUUUUGGAGAGGGGGAAGACCAGUGGAAGGUCGGAUGACAAUGCCGAGAGUAUCAAGAAGCGGUUUAAGACUUUCGUCGAGACGAGCAUGCCUGUAGUGGAUUAUUUCGCUGGCCAGAAUAGGGUAGUGAAGGUUGUGGCUACGAAGACCCCGGAUGAGGUGUACAAGGAGACUCGGGAGAAACUCGAGCAGAGGUUGGGAAAGAACUUUUAGAUCGAGGUAUAACCGGGAGUGUAAGAAUAGAGGGAUGGGAAGAAAGGAAGACUGGACCUUUGUGAUAACUUCAAGGUUGUAGUCAUAGCACGCAUGCUCAAUGCGAAUUUUAUUAUCUCACUUCAU